UAUAUGUGAACAGAAAUUAGUAUAACCUAGCAAUUGAAGAAGACUUCUGUUGUGAAUCAGAAAGUAGGUGAGGUGGAAGAUUAACUUACACAUAACCAUCCACCUCAACAAAAAAGAGCCAAUCCUUUUUCCUUUUCCUUCCUUAUUUUGGCCUUCGCUACCUCAUAAAAAAAAUAUCAAACACCUUCAUUUUCAUCUUCAUCUUCAUCAAUGGCGAUUCUGAAUUACUCCGUUACAGUGACCUCCUCGGCCACACCCAUCCCUCAGGACUCGUUUAACCCAACUGUGCCAAACCCAAGACAGACUAAGGUCAUUUUGCCCAAGAAGAAGCCUAUGAAAUGGUCUACUGGUGUGUCUCCAGGCGAGUAUGGUGGUCCGCCGACCACAACGAAGCUCCGCAAGUACUGGGGAGGUGAAGAACAGGACCCUUUAACCUCUGAUGAAUUUAUGUGGAACAAAGACUUCAUGGGUCGCAUGAAAAGAUUGAUUGAGGAUCCUGACACUUCCCUUCAAACCGGUCCUGUUAAGGAAGAGACUUCUGGUUUUUUAAGCUUAAAUCGAGUCAUGUCUCUUGACAGUUUGGAAGUUGAUUUGAGCAAAGAACUCACAGCUCCUGCCAAGUCUGAGUUAGAACUGCCGGUUGAGCCAGCAAUUCAUACUGGUGGUAGCAAGUUGCCGAGAUGGAAAUUGGUACCAACACGACGUGAACAAGAGAAAUGGGAUAAAGCAAGUAAGGCUGCUACUGGAGGCAGUGAUGUAAUGUUUCGGGAACUAAGGCGCCCUCGAGGAGACCCAGAAUUUCUGGCUUCUCAAUCAAGGGAACAAUAUUUUAGGUUAAAAAAGAAGUUGCAAAUCCUCACACUUGGUAUGGGUGGUGUUGGUUUAGUCUCAGCCUAUGUUUCCUAUUCCCCUGAAAUUGCAGCUAGCUUUGGUGCUGGAUUGCUUGGUUCUUUGGUGUACAUGCGUAUGCUCGGAAGUAGUGUGGAUUCCAUGGCAGAUGGAGCGAAGGGACUUAUCAAGGGAGCGAUUGCGCAGCCAAGGUUAUUAGUCCCUGUUGUUUUAGUCAUGGUCUUUAACCGGUGGAACGGGAUUCUUGUUCCAGAAUAUGGAUUUAUGCACUUGGAAUUGAUUCCAAUGUUAGUGGGAUUUUUCACAUACAAGAUUGCUACUUUCAUUCAAGCUAUAGAGGAUGCACUUACUUCGGUUGAGUAAAAGACUCACGUAUAAGUUUAUCCUUGGUCUUCAUAGUUCAUACGUAUAACAGAAGCUCACCAUUAUGCUAGGGAUUUCGUCAUGCCGAGGUAAUUUACUGAUCCCUUAUCUCUUUAGCAUAACAGGGUUUCUGACCUUUUGGCUCAAUGCUCAAUGUUACAUAUAUGCAAAAGUUUCACGCACCAAAUUUAUCAUCACUUCUUGGAUAAUUGAUAGAAGCUAUCAUGUUCAUAGCUUCUCUUCAAAAUUUAUGGUAGUCUCCUAUCAAAUAUUCCCAAAAUAAAAAAAAGAUUUCAGUUGUUAUUAAAACUUAUUAGUUACUUACUGCAUUCAGCAAUGUUUAGUUCAUAUUUGAAAUUGUAAUAUAUAAAUCGGGCGAAUUACAUUUGGACCCUUAUAAGAUAUCAUAAUUACACUUUAAUACUAAGUUAACGGUCUAGGGAUAAUUUGAUAAUUGCAUAAAUAUUUAUAAAAACAAAAUUUAAUAGUAUUAUUUCAUAAUAAAAAUUUUAAAAAUGAUUUUUUUCUCCUCCACUCUGCAAUUAACGUUUUUUUUCCUUUAUUUAUUUAUUAUUUUUGGUAUUAUUAUUUUUUCUCUUUUUCUUGCUCUUUCUCCAUUUCUUUGCUUAUCCCCUUCUCUCCUUCCCCAACUAGAUCCUUUCUUGUCCAGAUUGCAACCCAACUACAAAACCUCUUUCUCUUUCAACCUUUUUAUUUUUUUUUAUUUUUUUUAUAAAAAUUAAUUAAUUGAUUUUAUUUUUUUCAUUUCUAUUUCUCCUUUCCCCCUUGCUUAUCCUUUUCUCCUUUCUUCCCCACCUUAUUCGGCUAAUACUUUCUCCCAGAUCCAGCCCCACCCCCACCCCCACCCCAA